UCUCCUCUCUUUCUCUCUCCCCCACUUCCAGACAUCUUCCUCCAUUCGCGGUUCGCCUCUCUGCCUGCCUGCUUCCCUCCCUUCCUCCGUCAGAUCCUCGCUCGGGUUGCUUGCCAUGGCGGACCAGCUCACCGACGACCAGAUCGCCGAGUUCAAGGAGGCCUUCAGCCUCUUCGACAAGGACGGCGACGGCUGCAUCACCACCAAGGAGCUUGGAACUGUGAUGCGCUCAUUGGGGCAGAACCCUACUGAGGCUGAGCUUCAGGACAUGAUCAAUGAGGUUGAUGCUGAUGGCAAUGGAACCAUCGACUUUCCUGAGUUUCUCAACCUGAUGGCACGCAAGAUGAAGGACACUGACUCUGAGGAGGAGCUCAAGGAGGCCUUCCGCGUGUUCGACAAGGACCAGAAUGGCUUCAUCUCUGCUGCUGAGCUUCGCCAUGUCAUGACCAACCUAGGUGAGAAGCUGACGGACGAGGAGGUGGACGAGAUGAUCCGUGAAGCCGACGUGGACGGUGACGGCCAGAUCAACUACGAGGAGUUCGUGAAGGUGAUGAUGGCCAAGUGAGAUGCUGCGCCCGUUUCGAAGCUAGUUCCUCUCCUGAUGGUAGUAACUAGUCUAGUGUUGGAGACUGACUGCAUGUGGUUAUGCCUUAUUCCUCUCCCCGUGUCAAUGGACAUAUCCGUUUGUUUUCUCCCAAGGGAUUUUACUACCAUGUCGGUAAUUUCGUUCAAAUUUGUUUGUGGUUGUAUUACAUUUGUGUUAUCUUGGUACAAUGAUCAUGCCUUUCCCUUCCAAAUUUAGGUGUUGAACUUCUUGCAGAAA